GUAACAUACAACACCGUCCUAGCCUUUGUUCUCUCUCCAGCCUCUUCCCUCUCUCUUCGCCGCACCCCCCCUCCCCCGCCAAAACAAACCCGGUUGGUGACUUAGUAUGCAGCUAAAAGAAAAUUACUGCCGGUUGCCACGUUGCACCCACGCUUCGAGGUUUUAGAGAAGCGCAUCCCCCCGCAUUCAACGUGUUGGAUUUUUAAAGUAGUUUGGAAAUGAGUUGUGUAGGCCUGAAGAUUUAAAUACUAUCAGUGGUGACAGCAAACCAGCAUGACACAGUGGAAAUCCAAUUUAAUGCAGUGGUGGUAUUUAACAGAAUUUUGACUCGUAAUUUCAGACAGACUGUGGUUACGUGGCAGUUUUGAAGUUUUAUUUUCUCAGCUGUAGUAAGCAAAAAGCUUGGAUCAUUGUUAGGUAACAUCAGCAAUUGAUAGUGCCUCAGCGUCAACAAGGAUGGUCACUUCAAGGGUUACUUUCAAAAUAAAGGGAAUUACAUAUCCAGGUGAAGUGUUUGCAGUAUGUGGGAAUUCAACUGCACUUGGCAGUUGGUCUUUUCAGAAAGCUGUGUUUCUUGAACCCAAUGCAAAUGAUAACAUUACAUGGACUGCAACAGUUGAUCUUCCAAGAGCCACUCUUUUCCAAUAUCGCUAUUUCAAAUGUUAUGCCAUUGAACCCAAGAACCCUGCUGAUCUUCGGCAAGUGCUAGUCAACAAGUGGGAGACUCAUCCUCAUCCACGAUCAUUUAAUCCGUCGGAAGUGGAGUGCAUUUUGGAUGAUGGAUACUUUGGGAUCCACAAUGGUAUUGAAAAAUUGGAUUCUGGGUGGUUAACAUGUCAAAGUGAAAUUCGCUUGAGGUUGCACUAUUCUGAAAAACCUCCAGUUUCUAUAUCCAAGAAGAAGUUCAAGAAAUCAAGAUUUAGGGUAAAGUUGACAUUGGAGGGAUUUGAAGAAGAGGAUGAAGAUGAUGACAAACUGGUGACUCCCUUGGCUGAGAAAAUUGCACCUACUUUAGAAAUCGCCUUAAUCAGUAACAAUGAAUACAAGUCACGUCACUCACAGCCAGAAUGUGGAUAUGCUUUGGAAACUGGCCAGUGGACAGAAUAUAGCAUUCAAACUAUGGAGCCAGAUAACUUGGAGCUGAUUUUUGACUUCUUUGAGGAAGAGUUGGGAGUAGCAGUGGUACAAGGUGAUGCACUUCCUGGUCAUGUAGGCUCAGCCUGUCUUCUCUCUUCAACAAUUGUGGAAAAGUCCAGUGGAGUUAUCACACUUCCCAUCAUGAGUAGAAAUUCAAGACAAACUAUUGGAAAAGUAAAAGUUGACUACAUCGUUAUUAAGCCCCUGGAAGGCUUUACUUGUGAUAUGUCUCCUUCAUUGUCCAAGUACUGGAAACCCAGAAUGGCUUUAGAUGUUGGGCACAGGGGUGCUGGAAAUUCAACAUCUGCAAACCUCGCAAAGGUCAGAGAAAACACAAUAGCUUCCUUUAAAAAUGCCGCUAGUCACGGUGCUGCCUUUGUAGAAUUUGAUGUACAUCUUUCAAAGGACCAUGUUCCAAUUGUAUACCAUGAUCUCACCUGUUGUAUAUCGAUGAAAAAGAAAAUGGACAAAGAAUCUUCAGAAUUAUUUGAAAUUCCAGUCAAGGAACUUACAUUUGAACAGUUACAACUAUUAAAACUGGCUCAUGUGGCUGCUUUGAAGGUGACUGGCGAUAAAGAAAAUUUGGAUGAUGAAAAUGAUGUUUCAGAAAACCAGCCAUUUCCUUCCUUGCAGCAGGUAUUAUUAUGUGUGCCUGAGAAUAUUGGAUUCAACAUUGAAAUUAAAUGGCCCUGUCAACAAAAAGAUGGUACUUGGGAGGGUAACUUGCCAACAUAUUUGGACAUGAAUAAAGCUAUUGAUGUAAUCCUAAAAUGUACUCUGGAAAAUGCAUCUAAUCGACAUAUAGUGUUCUCCUCAUUUGUUCCUGAUGUCUGUUCUAUGAUCAGGCAGAAGCAAAACAAGUAUCCAGUUCUUUUCUUGACCCAAGGCUAUACUGAUGCCUAUCCAGAGCUUAUGGAUCUCCGGUGCCGAACCACACCAAUUGCAAUGAGUUUUGCACAGUCAGAAAACCUUCUAGGAGUCAAUGUUCACACAGAAGACUUGCUGCGAAAUCCAGGGUAUAUUCAACAAGCUAAGUCAAAAGGUUUGGUCAUAUUUUGUUGGGGUGAUGAUACCAAUGAGUCAGAAAAUAGGAGAAUACUGAAACAGAAAGGAAUUGACGGCCUCAUCUAUGACAGGAUCUGUGACUUUCUGCUGGGGCAGACAAAUAUUUUCCAAGUUGAAGAAUUAGAUGAACUGAAGCAACAGUUACCAGAGGAAGCAUUUGUUGAUUGCUCUUGUCCUGAUAUCAACCACUUUACUUGCCAGUCAAUUCCAGGGCACGAUGACAAUGGAAGUGCAUAUUCAAGUGAAAUAAAAAGUGGCGAGCAGGAAAUGUACAGUACAGAAUCGGACUCUGGGCACAGCUGUAGUUCAUUUUGAUCCACCCUUCAAUGUUACUGAGGUUUUUAUCUUUGGAAUGACAUGAACAUUCUAGUUCCUUAAUUUUUCAUGUUGUCAAUUAGUUUAAAAGAAACAUUUGCUGCAUAUAUGUCUUUGGAGAGGUGGAAAGCCUUUUAUUUUGUAUAUAUUUUGUGCCAUUUUAAACUCUCAGAUGGGUGAGGGUCUUUGCAUUGUUUAAUUGUAUUGUUGUUUAUAUUUGUAAGUUUAUGUUGGUAUUCUGUUAAUUUUUAUUUGGGCAUGGAUUUCACAUUUGAGUAUAUGCACAUGCUGAUUCAUUUGAGGAAGAAAACUCUGUUUUCAUAGAAGGUAACUGAUGGGAAAGGAAGUGCCCAAAUUUACAAUCGAAGUCAAUUGUAACAAUAUCUGCCUCAUGUAGUAACACUUGCCAUAACAUUUUUAUAAAAUGGAUGGUAAUUGCAUUUGAUUCUUCUGAUAUGUUCUGAUCAAAAAUAUAUAAAGAAUUACUGUCUAGAUAUCAAAUGUUUGUUAUUUUUGCAUGUAGAUAGUGUACAAAACAGAUGUUUUAAUAGAUUAGAUGUCCUAAUUUCCAUUACUCAUAACAGAACUCAAUGUUAAAUUAUUUGCUUUCAAGUGACAAGUACUGACUGUUCUCACUGUAUAAUAAACUGGGUAUUGGUUUCAAUAAUUUAUCUCUAUGUACAAAUGAGGUUAAUGCAAUGGAAGAACAAAAUUAUGUAACUUAUUGGUAUACUAACUAUGUUAUUGAAGCAUUAUAAAAGGAUUUUUGUAGUUAAAACUUCAUAUGAAGGAAAUGCCAACUGUAAAGUUGAUUCUCUAAAUCUCAGCAAUUCAAAGUCUGUUGCAUAGACUUUAGCAGAUGGGUACAACUGCGGUCACUUUUUUCAAAAUUAUGGAUUUGACUACGGUUAGUAAAUUUGCUAUUUAAAAAUCAUGUUUUGGGGAUUAUUUUAAAAAGUGUGUGGCUUGUGUCCAUCUUAAAAAUGUAAUAACAUGGAAUUGGGGCUUUAGUUAAAAUUUGAAGUUCAGAUUUAAUAUCUCAAAUGAACUGAGAUUCAGUAUUGUACAAUUAUGUGGCCUGAUACAUGUUGACUUUUCUGGUCUCAGGUAUAUUAUUGUAGGACUCUUGUUGGGUUAAAAUUAGUAUUCUGCUGUUGAGUUAAAUUGGUAUUUGCAAUUUUGAAUUUUAAUUCAGAUGCAGUGGAAAUAAAGAUCGUGACUUCAUGUUGCAAUCUGAGUAAGGGCAAAAAACUGAGAACAAAACUUGAGCAACUUGAUAACCUCAUUUGUUUCCAAAAUUUGGUUUGUACUUCUAACUUCUUUUACCUCCUAUUGAUUAUUUUGACAUUAACUAUAAUUGGGUUUGUAUUCCAAUGAGGAUGUCUCUGCAAAUGCUUUUUCCUUGGCAGCUGUACCUCUUUUUGUGACCCUUCAACAAAGAGAGUUCACUCUUUACUUUUAGUACUUUUGCUGUAUUAUAGUAAUAUUAAUACAAGGAUGUAGCUGUUAUCAUUUUACAGUAAUUCUAAUAUCUUUGAAUUGAUCUGGCAUUGUAAUUCUGUCAAGAGUUUUGCAUCUCUACAAGUUAUCAGCUAGUCAGUAUUGCUGCUAUACUGCUUUAGAAGCUGCAUCUUGGUUUACUAUAAAUAGCAAUGUAAACUGAUUUAUAUUCAAUACGCAAGUCAAUAAUCUUUACAAUUCAAGAUAGCAUAGCUGAAAUUUGUAACUUGCAUGUGCAUUCUCUAUGAUAGAACUCUACAGUUAUUGCAGAAGUGAAUAAUAUUUGAUCUUAAAAAUUAUAAAAACUUGUUUCACCAAAUUUGUCUGUGGUCUGGUCAAUUUGGUGGACUGUGAGCUACUGCUGUUUUUCCAUUGUUUUAACAGUGUACAUGGAAAAUUAGUUUUGAGAUCUUGUGAAAGGAUUGAA